CUCUGUUGCUAUUAUGAUUAAUAAGAUGUUGCCUGAUGGAUGAUCAAACAGGUGAAUAAAAAUAAACAUGAGCAGACUUACGUUGAAGGAGAGAUGCGUGCCUAUUUAGGGGCCACAAGAGCUGUUCAGGUUGUAGUCCAAAAAAUAGAAGAGAAUUAACAUUUUCGAGCCAUGGGUUCCCUCUGUAUUUUCCUGAAUUUUUGGAUUUAUGAGUAAAAUAAGAGCCUGUUGGGGGGUGUUUGAACAUGUGGCCCCCUUCAUCUCUAUAUAAGCCGGACCAGGGACCUGGGACCAAUCACAGAACUUUGCAUCAAACAGACAUCUGGAACCACACCAGCAGGAAAACAGCUUCUGAAUAUCAGCCUCUGCUCUCAGUGAAUCUGUGCUCCCAGCAUGAUGUGGAAAACCACAGCACUUGCAGUGUGUCUGCUGCUGGCUGGAGUAGAGUCAUUGAACAACCCUUCGUAUGGAGUGAAAUUAUGCGGCCGGGAGUUCAUCCGCGCUGUCAUCUUCACCUGUGGAGGCUCUCGGUGGAAACGCUCCUUAACAAACACAGAUGAAAUACUGGACUUAUUCAACUCAGAUGACAAUAAUGCUGCAGAGAGCUGGAUGCUGCAUACUGGUUCCUCAUCCUCUCAGCAUACCUCUGACCCUAAAGCUCUGUCGGUGGUACAAAGUGAACAAGAAGGCAUUGAGUUCAGCAGACCUGCACGCUCACUCAUUUCACAGGAAGUGCUUGAAGCGUUGCGUACCGUUGACAGGAAGGGACGAGAUGUAGUGGUGGGACUGUCCAACGCCUGCUGCAAGUGGGGUUGCAGCAAAGGAGAGAUCAGCUCCCUUUGUUGAGACUAAUCUACUUAAUGGAAUGAAUGAGAGAGAGAACGUGUGUAUGUGCUUUCUCUGUGUUAACGUUUUCUUUCUGUUCAUUUAUUGUGCUUAAGGCGUGCAAAUUGUUUUAUUGCAUUGAACUCCCAUGUUUUAGUUUAUUUAAAUACUAAUUUUAUAAUGUUUUGUAGUUUGAAUUCAUUUCACUGUAUUCUGUAUUCAA